CCGGUCGAAGCUGCUUCUCUACACUAUGCUGCGCCGGGUAACUUGAUGCGCUCAGCACCGCGCAAAGUCCGAGAAACCGUCCUGUCCUCGCCUUGUGUCUGCCGCUGCUGUGCUGCGUGUGCUGCGUGUGCAGCGUUGAUCGCCCACGGCGGCGGCGCCUGCUGUGAUGCGAGGACUCGUGCUGCGACGCGAUCAGAUGCUGAAGAUGCUGCCGACUCGAGCCAAUUCCCAAUUUCUCCAGGAGGAGAGGGAGAGAUGGAGCGCGACGGAGGCAAAGGGGAGGUCGGCCCCAAAAAACAUGCGCUUCGUGCAAGGCCCGGCCGGUCCAAGAUUCGCGACGCUCACUCGCCAGGCGUGCCGUCUAGAUCUUGGACUGUGGAGGGGUUUAAACUCGUUAAAGAGAACCUGCGCCUCGCAUUCAACGAACCCACCUGAUAUUACUGGCCGCAGAUCCGGAGCGCGGGAGAUUCAGAAGAUCUGUAUAAAACCCAAAAGCGUGCACAGGGACGUGUUUGAUGGAGUUCACGUCACAAAGAUACCGCGUCAAGAUGGACAGAGAGGGGUUGGGCGGCAAAACAGAGCACAUGGGAGCUCACAAAUAGAAGAGAGCGAGAAAGCGCCUACGAUGAGCUGUCUAGCCAAUGACGUAGAAGAAGCCCCUCCUUGGUCGCAGCAUUAGUAAGUCAGACCACCAGCCAUCAACAAAAAAGACGCAAUCCCCGGGACAGGAGCUUCAAAAUGUCUC